UCGGGCGCGCGCAGAAGGCAGUCUUGACUCCCUGUGGUCCCAGUGCUCUAAGUCCGCUCUGGCAGCAGCCGCAUCUACCGCCGCGGCCCGGGCUGCCUGGGGGGGCGAGCGCGCGUCACCUAGACUGAGGGAGCGCCAGGGAUUUAAAUGCCACUGAAACGGUGAUCCAUCAUAGCCGCAGCCCGUAAACUUUCGCAGGCGGCUCAGUCAUUGGCUGACAAAGUCACGUGUCCUUCCCCUGGAGCCCUUAGCCUUCCCGCCCCGCCUCUUGCGCACUGUACAUUCAUAUCAUUUUUUCUUCUCUGGUCCUAUGGAGGAAGUGAGAAAGUUGGCACACGGUCACCCAGGGCUUCGCAGGACCCAGUCACUCAGUGACAGAUGGACAAUGCAAGAAUGAGCUCCUUUCUGGAAUACCCCAUCCUUGGCAGUGGCGACUCCGGGACCUGCUCAGCACGAGCCUACCCCUCUGACCACGGGAUUACAACUUUCCAAUCCUGCGCGGUCAGUGCCAACAGCUGCAGCGGCGACGACCGCUUCCUAGUGGGCAGGGGGGUGCAAAUCAGCUCGCCCCACCACCACCACCACCAUCACCACCAUCACCACCCUCAGCCGGCUACUUACCAGACUUCUGGGAACCUUGGGGUUUCCUAUUCCCACUCGAGUUGUGGUCCAAGCUUUGGCGCGCAGAACUUCAGCGCGCCUUAUAGCCCCUAUGGAUUAAAUCAGGAAGCAGACGUAAGUGGUGGGUACCCCCCGUGCGCUCCCGCUGUUUACUCUGGAAACCUCUCAUCUCCCAUGGUCCAGCAUCACCAGCAUCACCACCACCACCACCACCAGGGUUAUGCUGGGGGCACGGUGGGAUCGCCCCAGUACAUUCACCACUCAUACGGACAAGAGCACCAGAGCCUGGCCCUGGCCACGUAUAAUAACUCCUUAUCCCCUCUCCACGCCAGCCACCAAGAAGCCUGUCGCUCCCCUGUUUCAGAGACGUCUUCUCCAGCGCAGACUUUUGACUGGAUGAAAGUUAAAAGAAACCCUCCCAAAACAGGGAAAGUUGGAGAGUACGGCUACGUGGGUCAAGUCAACACAGUGCGCACCAACUUCACCACCAAGCAGCUCACGGAGCUGGAAAAGGAGUUCCACUUCAACAAGUACCUGACGCGAGCUCGCAGGGUAGAGAUAGCCGCGUCCUUGCAGCUCAACGAGACCCAGGUGAAAAUCUGGUUCCAGAAUCGCCGCAUGAAGCAGAAGAAACGCGAAAAGGAGGGGCUCCUGCCCAUCUCUCCUGCCACUCCUCCUGGAAGCGAGGAGAAAGCUGAAGAAUCUUCUGAGAAAUCCAGCUCCUCACCCUGCGCCCCUUCCCCGGCAUCAUCUACCUCAGACACCCUGACUACCUCCCACUGAGGCUGCCCCAGCCCAACUCUGCAGCCCAGGCUUCUUCUCCCUGGGCUGGAAUUUCUUACCCAAAGCACAUUCUUAGCUUAUCUUCCUUCUUUACAGUGUCUCUCUUCCUUUCUGGUCCUAUCUGGGAGCUCCUGGCCAAGAUAAUGUAUUUCCAGAGAAUUCUGGAGACUUGAUUAGAAGUUAACUCCUUAAUCCACACUGGGUACCCACAUUAAUUUCUGCUGUGAGAUUUUCCACACGACCUAUGGUUCCUUUCAGAUGUCUGUUGGAGAACAACAGUUCCCUUUGCCAGCAGACAUCUGCAAGAGGGAGGCAUCUCACCUUUUAUCUAUGUAUUGUUCUUUUCUACCUGGCCCUUAAGGAGGACAUAGAGAAAAGAGUGUCCAAAGGCUCAUGAAGAAAAGAUGCACUGAAUGUGUUUACACAAUGAAUUCACUCCUUAACUUAGUUGAUUUCAUGUGUGUGAGUUUGCUGGUUGUAAACGCUUUCUCUUGAGAGAUUUAUCUUUAUACAACUUUUCUAGGAACAUGUAGGUAACAAUCAAACAGGGUGGGCAAAAUUUCAAAACUGGUACAGUUAGUUUAUGUAUGAUUAUGGGUGAAAGAAGGGGAAAAAAAAAACACACCACCUCUCUCAUUCAAACAACAGAGUCAGAUGCCUCAGAAGGCAGCCUCAAUUUGUUCUUUCAGAGUUGAGAAGGCCUGCAAAGCACCAAGUUCAGAUCUUUUCCUGCUCCAAGCCUUCCCAAAUGCCACCUAUUUCUUCUUGCUUCUCUGGCCACCCUCAUUU